CUCCAAAGCCCCCAACACUCAGUAUCCUGGGUCACCUGUUGCCACCACACUACCUGUCCUGCAAUGAAUUGCAGCGUAUGAUGCCUUCUACGGGCAUCUGAUGCGUCGAAACGCCAACCCCAUGCAAUGCGCCUCGAAACGCUGCCGCCAUGCCGCCGCUCCGACAAAACAUCUUUUCCAUCGUGCCCAAUGCACGUCCGGACCCCUUCCAGGCUGCAGCCGCCGGGCCGGCCGCGGCACCGCCGGCCAAGCCGCCCAUGACGACGAAGCAGGCGCGCAAGCUUUAUAACCAACAGACCCGAGCACCGCGCCGCACAAAGGCCGAGCAGCGCGCUUGGGAGAAGCAGGAGCAGGAGCGGAUCCGCAAGGAGCUCGACGCCGAAAGGGCCGCCACGCGCGCCCGCGCCGCCCGCGAGCGCAAGAAAUCCAAAGAGGAAGCCGUCCGAAACGAGAGGAAAAAGCAGGGCCUGCCGCUCGGCAAAGUCCGGCCCAGCCAGGACACCAUAUCCAGGUUUUUGUUCCGCGGCAAGCGGAGCAGAGAGACCACGGAGGAAGCCGAAGACUCGACUGGGUCGUAUGUUGGCUCCGGAUCUGACAAAGAGAACGGCUGUGCUGGUAGCAGCGGCAAGCGGCGUCGGUUGGAUGCUACUGCUGAGGAAGACGGAGCAAGUGGGGCCGACGAAGCACCGAAUAUGCUGCCCAAGCCGGCAGAACCUGGGUGCCCGCCUCCCAUUCCCGAGUCUGUUGGAGUGCCAGCCGAAGAUGCUAAGUUCAAUAUGAACGGUAACGCCUGUUCUGCAGUUAAAAGUCAAGCUACCCGGAAGGAAAUCGGCACCCUGGUAGAUACCGCUUCGCCGAACAGUCCAUCGGUGGAUGACCCAUGCCAAAACAAACUCACGGAAGCCACUGUGAUUCUAGCACCAAAGUGCGCUUCUCCGCCACUGGCAGAUGAGUUCCAGCCAACGGCCGACUCAGCCCCUGAGCCCGCUUCUAGACCCGAGCCCGUGCUAGAGCCGGAGCCGGAGCCGGAGCCCGUACCCGAGCCCAAAAACGCUCCUCUAAACCAACCAGCGCCUGAGGUCGAAACUGUAGCCAAGCCACAGUUUGAACCUCGCCUAUCAGCUCCAGAGCCGUCAUCCCCGGCCCAACCAGUGCCCCCAAAGUGUAAUACUGCGGGUCUCGAGACCGUGCCUCUCAAGAAAGCGGACGCUGGCUUGGCAAUACUGGAUGCUCUCUCCGAGGAUCUGCUCGACGAACUCAUUCUCACACCAGAGGAAGUCAAGACUCCCCGGCCAGCAGUGCGCACCCCCGGCCCGCCUCCUAGGCCCUCCCUUCCGACCAACGCAGUCAGACCACGGUCGCUCAUUAGCCCGGGUCAGGAUCUUCGAGAGAAGCCAGCACCUCACACGGUGCACGUGGUGCGGCAAACUGGCCCAGUGAACAAGACGGCGCCCUCGAAACCCUCUAAUAGAGGACCGCCUGGCAACAACCCGCCCUCAGUCCUGCCAAGGGAAGUCGCAAGACCUGUGCAAAGGUCAAUGGCACCUCCACCAGUGCCAAAACCGAAAGGGCCCCUCAAGCCCCUAGCUACCAAUAUCCAGAAGAACACCAAUGGGAUAACUCGAGCUUCGAAGCCUUCAUUGGCGAAGCCACACCCACAGAGGGUGGUCGUUCCCGAGCCCGGACUCCCACCUACCAGCACUCAGUUGUUCCUACUUAACAACUUUGAUGAUAUAAUGCCCAGCCUGUCGCAGGAAGAAAAAGAGCUUCGCCGCAACGAGAGGAGAGAUCCCGAUACGAUAGCACCUCCUCCUCCUCCCCCUCAACGCCGCAACAUCUUCGCCAAGCCACGCACUUUUCAGCCGCCCCCGAGACUUCCCGUCAAAUCUCAUGUGGUCCCACCACGGAAAUUCGCUCCGCCGCCUUCUCGGAACCUGCAGCAAGUCAAGCGAACCCCAGCUGUGUCUCUCGCUAAGGAUAUGAACCUGGAUUUUUUGUCUACCCAGGAUCUAAUGUCAACGCAAGACGUCCACGAGGUUGAGACGACCGUUCCCCAUAAAAGGGGGCAGGCUACCGAACCUAGUGCCCCUAACAGCCGCCUCUUCAAACGGCCGCCACCUUUCGCACCUAACAAAAGUCGCCCUGCCGGAGAGAAUGUACCCUCACAGCCAUCAUCGAUGAGGGCGCCGGAACCAAGUUGCAGGACUGGCCCAGCUCAGAGUCGGCCGCCCCGACUCAGCCAGUUUCGGAAUCACAUCAAAACUACUGAGGCUCUUUUUGACUCACACGAGUCUAGCUUUGAUCGCGGACGGAGUAAGGCGAGCCAUCCAACUGGUCCUCGAGGAACGACUUAUGCCAAUAAGGACCCCUUUUCAGAGCACGACGCCAACGAACUAGUAAACCAUACCACACAGGCCGCGACGCCUCGUUCGGCCCCGCGAGCGAUUGGAGGCUCCACCGACUCCGACGCGCCAGACUCUCAAGGCCGCCCACGCUACUUUACAUCCAGUGCCACUAGAGUGAAGAUCAACCUAGCAAAGAUGGAAAGUAUGCGUGUCGUUGAGGCCGAGAAGCGAAUGCGUCAACAGCAGCGGGCACGAGAGAAAGUAGUUGCGAGGCGGGCAGAGAUGUCAUCUCGAGCGCACGGCACCGGACGGGCAGAUGCAGCUUCGAUGCAGCUUCACGGUCGCGACCCAGAUCGGGGAGGUCCAAGUAACAAAGAUACCGGGAAAGGUGGCGGGGCGGCGGGGGCUAUGGCAAUCCCUGGACAGAGACCACUCCCCAACAGCGGCCGAGACCCAGCACGAUUGAUGAACGCAGCCUACGAGCAUAUCACACGAGGAGGUGGGCAACUGUCGUCGACCCAGGAGACCGACUACGGCGAUAUCGACCUCGGCGACACGUUCGCGCUGUUUGAGACUUUGAAUCCAUGAUUGAUGAUUGGCACGAUACACACGGCAUGUUAUGCCGAUUGGGGGGGCAUUGAAUGUCCCGUACCCAGGCAGAAUAGCGUGUUUCAGCGACUACUACCACUUUAUUUGCUUUUAUCAAGAUACCCAUUUCUUUCGUACACUGACGUCUUGUGCUUUUUCCAUCCUUCCAUCGAUCUGACUGGCAAGCUCUCCUGCGAGCCAUGCACCAUUCAUUGUCUCUGGUUUUUACGCUCUGGCCAAAGAUAUAUUUUCUCAUUAUUGCUAGACGCCCAUUUUCCCCGUUGUUAUCCGGCAAUCAGGCUUUGUCAAUCUAACGCUCUUGUUAACCAUCAAAGCCCCUUUGUCCGCUGGCUCAUAGUUCAUCCUAGAGUUUUCGAUACGCCACCCUAUGGGCUUGACGCCGAAAUUCUUUCUUCCGGAACGUACAAUGUGUUAC